AUACAGCCCGCCGCCAUUUUCCACCAACUCACCACCAAACCACUGUCUCAACCAUGAAUCCACCCACACCAACAAAAGCAGGCCAUCGCGCCCUCAUUCUCCCCGAGCUCCUGACGGAGAUAAUCGCCUGGAUCCACGCCGACACGCUCAACACCUGGCCCGCGACGCGCGCACCCCGACUCCGAGAAUCCACCCCCACCCCCACCCCAUCCACCGAUGACUGCGACGAGCAAGGCUCCGUCUCCGACAUCCUCUGCGACGAGGACGCGGACGAGCCCAAAACCAGAUACCACUACACGCGCACCGGCGCCCUGUACCGCUGCGCCCUCGUCAACCGCCCCUGGUCAGCCGUGACCCUCCCCAUGCUCUGGCGCGACGACCUCGACUCAUCGCACAGCAGCAACGACCUCCCCGACCGCCUGGCGCAGAUCGCCGACCCCGCGCGCCGACAGAUGUACGCUGCGAUGGUGACGCGCGCCCGCCUCGUCACCGUCUCCGAGCCGGUCGCGCAGGGGUACGGCGCCGCACUGCGCGAGGUCGAGUUCCCGCGGCUGGAGUCUGUCACCUUGGUGUGUCCCGGGGCGGGAGGGGGUGAGUCGUCGUGCGUGCCGCCGGUGCGGGGCGGCCGGGUCAAGGUGCUGGAGAUCGAUCCGCGGUUCGAGUCGUGGCCGGAUACGUACUGCGUGCGGCAUGCGGAGUGGGAGGCGUUGUUUGGGGAGAUCCCGACGAUUUUCCCGAAUGUCGAGACGGUGGUGUUCAAGGACCGUGCGAGGGUGUUUCCGGGGGCGCUGGAGCGGUUUGCGGAGAGGUUGUCUGCUUUAAAGCGGUUGGAUCGUCGGCUUGUUAUUGAGAAUGAGGAUAUUUAUAGUCCCGGGUAG